AAUUCAUCCAUUCCAGGUGGAGUGGAUAGUGAAUAUCUGCCAGAGAUAGGAAUUCCAUUUGAUCUCUUUGUGUUAAAGAAACACAAUGCGUUGUGCGGGGAUGAAAUUGAUCAUUGAUGCUGCCGGUGAUACACUUGUUAAUGUUGUUCGAGUUAGUAAAGGGAAGUGGGAAGUGUUCAAGGGAAAUAGCAGUGAGGACAAUGAAUUGAUGUUCAAAGUGGAAAGGAUUACCAAUACAAUUACUGAGAAAGAGUUUGAGGUUUUUAUUGCUGAUGAAAACAAUGAAGAUAGAAAGACUGAUUUGAGGAUGAAGGGCUGCCCCUUCAAGAGAUCAUGCACCAUUUACAAAGGAAAUUCAAUAAUGGCUCAGAGCAGCCGUAUGUAUACAAUUGGGUUCCAGAAUCAAUUUGUUCCUAGAAACAGGUUCAGAAUCACUCUAUUCCCAGGCCCUUUCUCCGACGUACUUCCGGCCGCCGCCGGCAACAGCAGAGGACUCUCCGAUCGUAUAGCCGAGAGGACCGGGUCCGGCGGCGUCCCCAAGUUCAAAUCUCUCCCGCCGCCGUCUCUCCCCCUCUCUCCCCUCUCCCUCUCUCCCUCCUCCUACUUCGCUUUCCCCCCCGGCUUGAGCCCCAGCGUCCUCUUAGACUCCCCUGUUCUCCUCUCCCACUCCAACAUUUUGCCGUCUCCAACCACGGGGAGUUUUCCGGCACAAGAUUUCGACUGGAAGCAGAGUCUUCCAAGAACAACUGCCCAUCAAAAAGACUUGAAGCAAGAUGGUAAUAAUGGAUUCCCAGAUUUCUGUUUUCAGCCCAUCGACCCUUUUUAUAUGAAUCAGAACGAUCAAGAAAGAAAUGACAGAGAUGGGGUUUCACGGGUUGAGUUCAGCCAUGUUCAGGUGAGCUCUCAAUCCUCCCGGCAGCCGCCGCCGCCGCCUGCGGCGGCGAAGGAGGAGGACGACGGGUACAACUGGAGGAAAUACGGGCAGAAACAGGUGAAGGGGAGCGAGAAUCCGAGGAGCUAUUACAAGUGCACCUACCCGAAUUGCGUGACGAAGAAGAAGGUGGAGAGGGGUUUGGAUGGGCAGAUCACAGAGAUUGUGUACAGAGGCUCUCACGACCAUCCCAUGCCUCCUCGGUCCACUGCCGCCAGGAGGCCGUCUUCGUCCUCCACCGCCUCCUCUGCUUUGGCGCUGCCGCCGCCGCCAGGCAAUGAUGUUCUGGAGCAGCAGUCUUAUUGGUCCAACAGCCAGAUGGACUCGGUCACCACGCCCGAAAACUCCUCGAUUUCUUUCGGGGACGAUGAGUAUGAGCAGAGCUCCAAGAAGAGGGAUUCUGGGGGAGAGGAGGUCGAGGAAGAUGAACCUUUUGCUAAGAGAUGGAGGGCGGAAACCGAAAGCGAAGGAAUUUGUGGGGCGGUGAGCCGGACGGUGAGAGAGCCGAGGGUGGUGGUUCAAACAACAAGCGAUAUCGAUAUUCUUGAUGAUGGGUAUCGGUGGAGGAAGUAUGGUCAAAAAGUGGUGAAAGGAAACCCCAAUCCAAGGAGCUAUUACAAAUGCACGAGCGCGGGAUGCGGGGUGAGGAAGCACGUUGAGAGAGCGUCACAAGAUAUACGAUCGGUGAUCACAACCUACGAAGGGAAGCACAACCACGACGUUCCCACUGCACGAGGCAGCGGGACCCAAUCCCUCAACCGGGGAGGAGGCGGCGGGACCACUAGCCAUAGCAAUAGUGGCGCAAUGACUAUCAGGCCCUCCCCGAUACCUCAUCACUCUAUUUACCCCGUUCCGAACGGUAGGGGCAAUUUCGGGUAUCCACAAAAUAACUACUCCAAUCAACCCCAUGAGAUGAUGUACACUAAGGCCAAGGAGGAGCCUAGAGAUGAUUUGUUCAUGGAGACUUUACUUGCUUGAAUAUAAUACUUUCUCACUCUAAUUUUUUUUGUUGAUUCAUUUGUAGAUUGUGCUUUCUAUGAAUUUUUGUAUGUAUAGACUGUAAUAUGCCUAUACCAUAAAGUAUAUAUAGAUUUUCUUAGUACUAAAAAAUAAGGGUAUAGGGU